AUGGCUCAAAGAAACUCGGCCUCCUAUCCGGAUCUCAAAGACCAAGUGGCUCUGGUCAUUGGAGCUGGUCAAUCUGGCGAUCCUAAAUCAAGGGCCUGGGGAAACGGAGCUGCUAUCGCAAAAGUCCUGGCCUUUUCAGGAGCCAAGAUCAUUGCCUGUGAUUUGAACCUCAAAGCAGCGCAACAAACAGCACUACGAAUCCGAACCGACGGCGGAUUCUGCGAGGCAGUCCAACUCGACGCAACCAAAGCCACCGAUAUCAAACUAGUCGUCAACCAGGUAGCUGAGAAACAUGGCGGAAUUGACAUUCUCGUUAACAACGUCGGCCUCACCAAGACCGGUGACCCGGCCACAAUGCCAGAAGAAGCAUGGAAUGCACAGUUCCAAUUGAACCUGAAAACAGUCUUCCUCAGCUGCAACGCAGUUCUGCCAAUAAUGGAGAAGCAGGGUUCGGGGUCGAUAAUCAACAACGCUAGCAUUUCUGGUAUGCAAUAUCUCGGCAAGCCUCAGGUUGCAUAUGCGUCUGCAAAGGCCGCGGUAAUUCACUUCUCGAAGAUCACUGGCGUUAUGUAUGCCAAUAAGGGGGUCCGCGUGAACUCAGUCUCUCCUGGUAUGGUUUUUACACCACUACUUGAGAAAUUGGGGCAGAGUGAAUCGGCCGAAGAGCGAGAAGUUUAUAGGAAGAUCACGGAUCACAACGUUCCCAUGGGCUUUAUGGGGGAUGCAUUUGACGUUGCUAAUGGUGUGGCAUUUCUUGCUAGUCGGUCGUCGCGCUAUAUUGUCGGCCAGAACUUGGUUAUUGAUGGUGGACUAACAAGCUCGACGGGGACUGGUGGUGUGCCAGCUCCAUUGUCUAAAUUUUGA